AUGUUUUUCUUCCACUGCUGUAUCAUUUUUCUCUAUGCUUCAACAGUAGUGAGUGAGCCUUUGGACUUAGAUGUAGCACAUGUAGAAGCAGGUUUUCAGCAACUCACUGCCUAUAGGAAUUCGUGCACAUUUGUAGCUCUUCGUGAUUUCGUAGCUUCAUGUAAAGAAUCAGGUGGAGAUUAUAUGGACGCUUCUUUACGACUUGAACUGGCUGUGAAACUCUCAAUUUGCGAGUUUACAGAGGCAGGUGUGGAUUAUCCUAAGGAGUGUAGGCAAACGGCGUCUUCAAUAAAUGAUACCGAUAUCGACUUUUUAGAUUGUGUUGCAUCUCUCCGACAAGUCCCUCAGUUUUGGACGACCUAUUCAGGAAACUAUAGAAAGCUCCGUUCCGUCUGCUAUGAGGAGCUGGCUCCCUACAUGAAGGAGUCAAUCAUUGAUUUGUUCUGGAAUAUCACUCGUUUAUACUCGCAAUUUUUUGAGAGUGCUAGCUCCUCGGCCAGCAAGAUGGAUGAUGUUCAAGAACAGAGCCUUCAAAGUUUACGCAGUCUUAGCGAUCACAUACGAAAGAUAGAUUCACAAUUGGCGAAUUUUGAAACCGAUCUUGAGUUAAGGAAUGCGAAUACGGUUGCUUCUGCUGAAGCUACUCGCGAAGGUGUUGUUCUGCAGUUUCACUUCUUGAGCUCCAUCCUCACCGCUGCGCUUCAAAAGAAUAUUUUGAGUUCAGAAACCUUGCAAACAAAACUCAACUCUCUUGAGACAAAUGUUAAUGAAAUAAGUGAACUGCUUCUCGAUCUGCGAGAAUUAUCUACUGAAAUCCAGGUCUUUUUAGGGAAAACACAACAAGAGAUUUCGACCACCCUAGUUGAUACAAAUAAUGGGCUCAGAAACUUUUUGAAUCAGUUGGCCACCUUCAAUUGUUCCAUUAUAUUCAGUCAGAUCGAUGGUAUAGAGAUGAAGAUGCGAGAAGCUAAUCGCGCGGUAGAGAGUGGAUGGAAUGAAUUGAAGAGUGAUUCGCGGGACACUAUAUUAUUCAUUGAACUGCAGCUUUCGAAACAUGCUCAGCUCACAACAGAUACCUUGGACCUAAUGGUGUCUCGUAUAGCUUCUCGUGCUUCAAUUGCUGGUGAUGCAUUGGCAUUCCAGUUGACAAACUUGACAGAAAUCGCAAAAGAGGCCGUUGAAAAUUUCCAUUCCUUGAAGAGCAUCUCUGGAUCUCUAUCGAUGAAACUGUUCGCAAACUUCAUCGAGAUAUUCAGAUUUGUAAAGUCUGUUGUAAAGACAGUGGUUGUGGUCAUAUUAACCUGUUUUCUCCUAGUGUCUCUAAACAGGAUAAAGGGUGUUUUAGGAUUUCAGCUCAUUUGGAAUCUGCAUUCCGGUUUUGUCUCUUUUGUUGCCGCAAUCUUAUCGGGCUCCGUGGUGGCUCUCGCUGUGAGACUUUGGCUCCUCAUUUAA